AUGAAAGAAGAACGUUCUAUAUCCUACUUUACUGAUCUAGAGGGAAAUGGACCACUUUUUGAGAUGAUCAUUCAGAAACGUGAAUAUGUGGUACUUAAGUUGGAUUCUCUUUUAAGCACAUUUCAUGAAGUUUAA